AUGAAUAAGUCCGGUCUGCAAUCUUUAAGGCAGCACUUUGGGUUCAAUAAUCGCGUGAAAGAGUUCCCAGGUUAUGGGGGGAAAAUUCACGCUCUCGGAUGGAAUGCAUCAGGCAGCAAACUCGCCUCAGCCUCUUCCGAUAAAUGCGUGAAUAUAUAUGCUCUGGAUUCAACUCGUCUGAGCAAACUCCAAACCUUCAGAGGCCAUACUGACAGCGUCGACCAACUAGCUUGGCAUCCCUCUACUAAUGACACGCUUGCAACUGUUGGCGCGGAUGGAACAGUUCGACUCUGGGAUUGUCGUUCAAAACGCACUACUACCGCGCAACUUAAGGGUGAAAAUAUCAAUGUUGCAUGGUCUCCGGAUGGACAUACAAUUGCAGUGGGAAAUAAAAACGAUCUUAUUACCUGGCUGGAUGUUCGCUCUGACUUGAAGACCAUUCAAUCCGAACAGUUCAGUUUUGAAAUUAAUGAAUUCUCCUGGAAGCCCUUUAGUGAUCUUAUGCUUCUUGCCUCUGGAAACGGUGGGAUCCUUGUCUAUAGUGGGAAGCCGGGUGAAAUGCGGCGUGAAAUUAUUUUACAAGCACACCCCUCCAAUGCAAUGUGCCUUCAAUUUUCUCCUUCCGGUGGGUACUUUGCUGUCGGCAGUGCCGACGCCCUCGUUUCUUUGUGGGACUCCGAUGAGUUUGUUUGCCUUCGCACACUCUCCAGAUUAGAAUGGCCAGUCAGAGCUUUGGGCUUUUCGCAUGACAGCCAACUAAUUGCUUCUGCUAGUGAGGAUCACUUCAUUGAUAUUGGUUGUGUUGAAACAGGUGAACAGGUCUACCGUCUAGGAACUCAGGCCGCAGCCACUUUCGUGCUCGCUUGGCAUCCGAAGCACUAUUUGCUUACCUACUCCAGCGAAGCAAAAUACGAUCGGGAUCAAGGGGUAAUCCGAAUGUUCGGCUUUUCGUCCUCUUCCUCCUCGUCCCUUGAUUCAGAGAAUCGCAAAUCUUCCAGUCUCCCUGUAUCCGUAGACCACUCUUAA